UUUUAAAUGUAUUGUCAUUGACGUAGGGGACUGGAAACCAUAUCUGAUUCCAAAAUUUUGGUACAACGUGACGUGGCGACAGUUUCUUCAAGUUUAAGGCACAGGAAGAUAAACACGGCCGCCAUGGAUGUACCGUCCGGCUUUAGACAGUCUUCUGGCAAAAAGAAAAAGUCAAGCAAGUCACAAAAUCGACCCCAGUUAUUUGAAGACACGAGUGUCAACCCUUCGUCUGGCUUGCAACAAACUGAUGCUUAUUACCCGCCACAACAUGAUCCGAUGGCUAUGCAUGGAGGAGGCUAUGGCAUGCCACAAAAUCAGUUUCUUGGACAACAAUACAUGAACGACCCGAUGGCGAAUAUGGCAGUACAGUAUGGCACUUCUUUGGCCGGACAGGGAAAAGAAAUGGUGAACAAAAAUCUUGAGAAAUAUGUCAGUGCUUCAAAAAUCAAGUAUUAUUUUGCAGUUGAUACUGCUUAUGUUGGUAAAAAGUUGGCCUUGUUGACAUUUCCAUUCACUCAUUCAGAUUGGUCAAUAAGAUACAAUGAAGAUGAACCUAUAGCUCCCAGAUAUGAUCAUAAUGCCCCAGACCUUUAUAUACCUGUCAUGGCAUUUGUAACAUAUAUUCUGACAGCAGGAUUUGUUUUGGGUACACAAGAUCGCUUUACUCCAGAACAACUAGGAAUUCAAGCAAGUUCAGCAUUGGUGUGGAUUAUUAUAGAAGUGUUAGCCAUGACAUUAUCUCUAUAUGUGAUGAAUAUGAAUACAGAGUUGAAAUAUUUAGAUACAUUAGCAUAUUGUGGUUAUAAAUAUGUUGGAAUGAUCAUGAGUUUAUUAGCAGGACUUCUAUUAAAGAAUAAUGGAUAUUAUUCUGUUUUAUUGUGGUAUAGUUUGUGUAUUGUCUUCUUUUUAAUUAGGACAUUAAGAGUGAAGAUUCUGCCUCAUCAACAUGAUGGCUUUACAUCUGGAAGUAAACGAAGUCUAUAUCUUAUUUUAACCAUAUCUGCCAUACAGCCGUUAAUGAUGUGGUGGUUAACUAGCCAUAUUAUGUUUCAAGCAAAGAAAUAAUAUGAAAUUAUGCAUGCCUUAUUAAGUAGUACAAACUACAAUGUAACAAUAUCUGUCUGUGCACAGACUUAAUAAGGAAUUAUGAAUUGAUUUUAGAGGCCAUAUAUAUUGUUCAUAAAAUAUUAAUUAUUUAAAACGAUUGUUUCCAUGGCUUGCCAAAUAUGUAGAUAUUAUUAUCUUAAAAGGCUGUCAGGAUUGUUAUCUAUUAUUGAUGUACAUUAGAGUAAUAUACAUGUAAGUAAUUUCUUGCUUUGUCUCACAGCUUAAAUAUAUAUGUAGCACCCUCCUCUGUUAGAGUUCCAAAGCUUUAAGAUUAUCGUACGUUUGUGAAUAAUAUUAUGUAGAGUAGAGGUAUGUUUCAAAUUAAACUGAAGGGAGAAGAACUGUGAAGGAGCUAAACCUCUUUAAUUAAGGUCAAAUUAAACUGUAAAAUUGGAUUGAUCUGAUGUGUUCUGUCGAUUUGUCAUGGGAGAUGCUCUAUAGUACUAAAGUUUUGUUUCGAAAAAUUAACCGUUACGUUUAAUUUAUAUCUUAACACUGAAACGAAAACAGAUUGUCAUACCACAACAGAAGUUAACAUACCGGUAUGUACAUGUAGUACAAUAUCCAAUGAAAUCGACAAUUUUACUUUUGACCCCAAUGAAAGAGGUCUAGUCAUUUUAAAUUGAUAUUGCUCUAGUAUAUUUUGUAUGAUAUAUUUACUGCUCAAUAUGACAAUAAAUGCAUUGUGUAAUA